UAGCGCUUGAGAGAACACGUCUCUAGGGCCCCGUCAACAGCUCAAGUUCGCGUUCAGGCCAAAGAGAAAGAAGAGAAAAAAGAAGCUCAAGUUCUGCACCAGAACGAUAGAAUUUCAGCUUCUCGCUUCACCAACGCAGACACAACCAGCCGUUUGGUAAAAGUCAACAAUUGAAUCAAACUCGCCAUGGAUGCAGUUCGCUCUCUCAUACAGCCAAUUACGCACAACCUACCGUCGCCCGUCCGCGACCUCGGCGAAUCCAUCAUCGGCCCAGCGUGCUACAAGACACUCCUUCUAGAUGUCGACCCAUCCGACUCGGCCUGCGUCAAGCUCGCCGUAUCAAAAGGUCUGGGCAUUGGUAUAAUUGCGGCAUCAUCGAUCGUGAAGGUACCGCAGAUCAUCAAGUUGGUUAACUCGAAGUCGGCGUCGGGUGUAUCCUUUCUAUCCUAUCUCCUCGAGACCUCUGCGUACCUUAUCGGGUUGGCAUACAACUUUCGUAGUGGCUUCCCCUUCAGCACAUAUGGCGAGACGGCCCUAAUUUUGGUGCAAAACGUCGUGAUCUCGCUGCUGGUGCUCAACUACAGCGGAAGGCAGGGCGUAGCUGCGCUACUGGUUGCCGCGUUGGCGAGUUCGGCUGCGACCUUGUUCAGUGAGACUAUGGUGGACAUGAAGACCAUGAGCUAUCUCCAGGCUGGUGCAGGUUUGUUGGGAGUUGCGAGUAAGGUGCCCCAAAUUGUGGCCAUCUGGCAGCAGGGAGGUACAGGGCAGUUGAGCGCGUUUGCCGUCUUCAACUACCUCGCCGGUUCGCUGUCUCGCAUAUUCACAACUCUUCAGGAGGUCGAUGACAAGCUGAUCCUGUACGGAUUCGUCGCUGGCUUUGCGCUGAACCUGGUCCUUGCUAUUCAGAUGGUGGUUUAUUGGAAUGCGCCCGCAACUGGAGACUUCAAGGCCACAGCAAAGAAGAACAAGAAGAAGUCACAGGCCAAGAAGGCAAACUAGGGUGGCCGUCGUGAGGCAAUCGUCUAUUCCUGGUUGAAAUAGAGUGCGUGAUCCAGGGGUAAAUAAUAUUUAUCUACUACUAUAUGUUGCCCUCAACCUAAUACCACAAAAGUUAGAUUACAACACAAUUCAAUUCUUACCUUUUUA